AUAUGAAAAACUCAAGUGCGGUACUGUAGUUAAAAAAAAAGUAAGCGACCUCCGUCUCCGACACCAAGACAUGGCUUCGGUGUUUGAGUCGAUAGGAAGGCUUAGGGGGAUAAUUAAAGCUAACGGGGGAUUAAUAAAUUCCAUGAGAAUAGCAUGGAUAACUGAUGAUCUAAAGAUAGGAACACUGAAAGGUGUGGAUCAGUUUGGUAACCGAUAUUAUGAAAACAACAGAUACUUUUUUGGUCAAAAUCGCUGGGUGAGAUAUUCAGAUAAAGUGAAUUUCAAUUAUGAUGGCAGUCAGAUUCCCCCCGAGUGGCACAGGUGGAUGCACUACAUCACGGAUGAAACUCCGGUGGAAAAACCACCUACAAUUCGGAAGUGGAUGAUGACGCAUGAAGAAAACCCAACAGGGACAAACGAGGAGUAUGUUCCUUAUAGCACAACACGAAGCAAAAUACAGAGCUGGACCCCGCCUCAGAAUUAAACAGGGCUGUCAAUAUCUUAAUGUGUGCGAGUGUAGGAACUACUGUUAAUACGAAAACACUAUAUUAUCCCUAAGGAUGGAUAUUUGUUACGAAAAUAAAUUAUGUUUCCAAAUC